AUGGAACCCUACGAGGAAGCAACAACAUGGGACGGCCUAGAACACAUGGGCCACCAAGGACAUUGGAAAGAUCUUCCCCCCGAUGCAAAAGACGCCUACGAACCAUGGCUAGAUCCCACCCAGGCAACACCUCCUCAACGAGACCAAUUCCUCUCCCUCCUCUGGAUCUCCAUUGUCGAAUGCCUCGCGCUCAAGCAACUCAACAGAGACCCAGAGUCUAUUCACACCGACGGUCCACCGAAUUUUGCUGGUGGCAUGGCGUCUCUUAAAAUCCAGCUGUCAGCCACGGGCACAAUAUCGCACCUGGACGAUCCGUAUGGAACUCUUAAACAAGCAGAGGCAGGAUCCGAGGCUGCGGGGGAGCAAGAUUCCGAGAUGGAGUUCUCGGUCUCUGAGUUUGAAGAACAGCUACAGGAGGCGAGAUUUGAUUUCCACGACCCUACUACCUUUGCUAUCCUCAAACGUUUCUCCCAACUGACCGGCUAUCGCGUGCCGGAUCCUGUCCUCAACACCGUCCUCCGCGGCAAUAAACCCCUAGUCGCCUUCAUCGACCUACUGACUCAAGCCGCAAAGCCAAAACCCAAGAAGUUCGCCGAAGUGCUUCUCGCCAAGCAGAAGAAAGCGUUGGACUUCGCCGCCCGCGAGAAGCUUCUGGCCGAGCAAGGCCUGCAGGCGCACACGGGGACGGCCGUCCCCACUACAGAAGCGACAGAAGCAAACGCGGCGGGCAAGCAGAAGCCCAAGUACAUGCCCUUGGGUCCGAAUGUGAUGAUCUUCACCCGCCGCGAGACCCAGGUCGACCGCGAGAUGGAAGUCGGGAGAUGGAAGGUUAUCAAGCGCGAGCUCGAGAAUCGCGGGUUACCGGUCUAUCCGGUUCCCAAACUCGUGCCCGCUGGCGAGACGUGGCGCAAGGACGAGGGUGGCGUGGUGUGA